GUGAGAAAGAGAAAACGAAACGAAUUCUCAAUCAAAUCUGCAAGGCAAGCCGUUGUCGCACGUGUUGUAACACCGCGGUAUACGUAGUUACGAUAAUACAUUUUAUUACAUUAAUCUAAGAAUAACACUGAUGCAUGUUGCUUAAAGUCUGUGCAACUACGAUAUUGAAACACAGUGGUGCAGUCAGAAAGUAUAGCCAGUGUAGUAGAAACGCUAAAAUGUCUUUAGAAGAAGCGAAACAAUUCGCCGCACACCGGGCAGUUGAUGAGUAUGUAAAGAAAGAUUGUAUUUUUGGUGUCGGUAGCGGAUCUACAGUCGUUUAUGCGGUCCAACGACUUGCUGAACGUGUAGAGACUGAGAAGUUGAAGGUGACCUGCAUUCCCACAUCGUUUCAAGCUAAACAGCUGAUUAUCAAACAUAAGCUUACAUUGGGCGAGUUGGAGACGCAUCCGGUGAUUGAUGUCACUAUCGAUGGAGCCGACGAAGUAGACGCCGAUAUGACGCUGAUCAAGGGUGGUGGUGGUUGCUUAUUACAAGAGAAGAUAGUAGCCUCUUGCUCUAAGAAACUCAUCGUUAUAGCAGACUACACUAAAGAUUCUGUGAAAUUAGGAGAUAGAUACAAAAAGGGUAUACCGAUAGAAGUUGUGCCAAUGGCAUAUGUUCCUAUUCAAAAUAAGAUACAGGCUCUGUAUGGUGGAGAAGUAAAGUUACGCAAAGCUGUUGCUAAGGCUGGACCGGUAGUGACUGACAAUGGUAACUUCAUCCUUGACUGGAUAUUCACCAACCAGGACUUGAGAUGGGACAAAGUCAAUAGCAUUAUAAAAAUGAUCCCUGGUGUGGUUGAAACAGGAUUGUUUGUAAACAUGUGUGAGAAAGCUUACUUUGGCCAGCCUGAAGGCAGUGUCAUAGAGCGGUUUGGUAUACAUCCUUAAAGAUCCAAAAUACUAAUAUGUCAUAAGCUCAGCUUUUCUUUUAUGAAUGUACUUUGUAAUAGUUUUAAGUUUAAUAUCUUUAUCAAUGCUUUUAAAACUAAAACUUAUAUUCUUUAAAAGUAAUGUGGGAUAGAAAUUUUUGCCUUUUAUACAAGAAAUUAAUAUCUACUCUGGCAUAAAUGACUAGAGAUUUGA